UGAUGUGCAAGCGCAAGCUGGAGAGUAAGAAAGAGGCCCUGCUCAUUCUGUCCAAAGAGCUGGACACCUGCCAGCAGGAGAGAGACCAGUACAAGCUGAUGGCCAACCAGCUGCGGGAGCGCCACCAGGGCCUGAAGAAGAAGUACAGGGAGCUCAUCGAUGGUGACCCCUCGUUGCCACCAGAAAAACGCAAUCAGGCAAGUGGCUGUGGAUGUCAUGGGCGUAUUGUCUUCGUUGUGUCACAGUGUACAUUUGGUGUGCUGUUCCUGUAUGUUAACAGUUAUUGGGAGCGGGUGAAACAGCUCACCGAGGAGGUGAAGGAGCUGACUCAGAGGCUUGUGGAGGCCCAGGGGGAUAACAAGCUCCUGAGGAUGACCAUUACUCGACAGAGGCUGGGGGAUGAGGAGGUGGGGGCGCGCCACUUUCCUGCCCAUGAACGUGAGGAUCUGGUUCGCCAGCUAGAGAGAGCAGGGCUACAGAUGGAGGAGAUGGAGCACAACGUGAAGGCUCUGACAGACGAGCUGCAGGACGUGAAGGCGGAACGCAACGUGUUCAGGGAGAAGGCAGACCGACUCAAUGUGGAGCUCAACCACAUCCUGGGGAACCAUGAGGCGCGCAUCAUCGAUGUGGACGCGCUGUGCAUGGAGAACAGGUAUUUGCACGAGCGUUUCAGCCAACUACAAGAGGAGGUCAACCUGCUCAAAUCAAACAUCAUGAAGUACAAGACGGCUCUGGAGAGGAGGAAAAACUCGGGCACCUAUGGGAAAUCAAACAGCAGUCCCCUCACUGGAGUCCUCUCUGCCAAACAAGUCCAGGAGAUGCUCCUGGAGGAGCAAGGCUGCAGCUUGCCAGCCACGCCUCAGUCGAUCUCUGACCUCAAGUCCCUGGCCACGGCUCUGCUGGAGACCAUCCAUGAGAAGAAUCUGGUCAUCCAGCACCAGAGGCACACCAACAGGAUCCUGGGAAACCGUGUUGCGGAUCUGGAAAAGAAGCUGAAGACCUUGGAGGUUUCAGGACUGUGGAGCCUUCCAGGCUUGACCUACCGCAUAUCUGUGGGAAUUGGGAGGACUCAAGACAGCAUCACACUGAAUGAGAACCUUCAACCAGAACUUCAUCCAACCCCUGCCACAUUUCAACCAAACAUCCAGCCUAGAGUGCAGGCCUCCCGAGACGACAGAGGUUCACAUGAAUCACCAUGGGAGUGCCACACCACUGGCAGCGACCUUGGCACAGAUGGCCUCAGUGUGGGAGACACACCUGCACUGCUCAACAACCUGGACCCUCUAGUGGGGGUGGAGACGAAUGGGAUUGACAGGAGAGGAAGGGACAUAGUGACCCUGACGGAAGAUCGAGCUGCCUUCCAGCUGGAGGAGGGGCGGAGUCCAGUGGAAGAGGCUGGGCAUGAGGUGGAAGGAGCUGAAGAUGAAGAACUGGGUUGCACAGUGGAGGAAGGAGAAGAGGCGGCCUUGGCGCUGGAUGUGCCGCCCGCUGCAUCAGACCUUCCAUGGCUUUCAGUUAAACAGCCCUUUGUCGAUCAAUCAGACAUGGGUCAUCAGCCCUGUGAGUCCCAGGAUGAUGGCUUUGAUGGCGUACCUGAACAUGUAGAAGCUUCUGUAUCAGUUCCAGAGAAGCAGGCCACAGAUGUGUCGGGGGCAGGGGAGUGGGAUGUUCACUGUGCAUCUCAGCAGAGUGACACCUGCCAUAGUGACAACUUGGCAUGAUCUGACAUCCCUGAAAGCCUUGAAGCUUAUUUAAAUCCUUGUUGUUCUCGUUGAUGACUGCAUUUACCACUCCUGGGCUGCUUUCUCGCAACAUAAGCAGUGCUCACUGCUUCCCUUUGCCCCUGACAGCUCUGUUUUAGUCAAUACAACAGAUAAAACACUUUGCAGGCUCCACGGACAGAAGUACACUUGGUAGGUAGACAGGCUUGCUGCUGUGCAGGAACAAUCUUGUUGCAAACUUCAUGCCUUACAGGAAGAAUUUAGCAAGCAAAAUAAGAAAUAUGGCAGCGCCAACCCCCGUGCCCUAUAUUCCCUUCUUCUUUCCCCUGCCAUAAAUUAAUCCAAGUUGUUUGCUUUCUUCUUCCUCUUCCUAAGGGAUGCCACUGAAGUGAGUGCUGCAUUUCAUUGGUACUCUCACAAGGGUCCACAUUUUCACAUUUGCUAUCCAUAACUUGCAAUGAGCAGGUUGUACAUUUAUGUAAAUGAAUAACAUUAAUAAUAGAGAUUGAUUUCUGUUUAUAUGUAUGGGUGAAUCUGUUUUCUCUUAUUUACAACCUCAAAUCAGACAAAGUUGGAACAGUAUGUAAAAUUAAAACU